AGCAACCUUGUGCAUCGUUUCUUGCUGCAUGUCUUCUUGAUGCCUGAUUAUUGCGAGUUGUGUCUAUAUGUUUGCUUCACUUGUUCUCGCAUUGGAUAGAUCACCACCACUCCUAUCAUCUCCCUCGCCUCUUAGCCUCGAGCUCCCACGCCCUCGAUUUCAACCCCGAACCCACCUCCUAUAGUCCUCACACAUCCUGAGCGAGCAUGGCACGACCCGAAUACGCCUCCACCGCCCGCGCCCUCGCCUCUCAAAUCGACAUCUCCGACGAUGAAUACUCUCCGCCCUCCAAUCGCCCUCGCUCCUCCUCCCCCCUCUGGACUCGUCGCUCGCAAUCGAACGCUAGAAGUCUACGAAGCACAAGAGAAGGACGCCCAAACACAUGGCUGCAAACCGCCGAAAAACUCCAAACCCGCGCAACACGCGCCUGGACAUCCCUCUCUCCCCCCCAAAAAAUCGGCCUCUCCGCCUUCGCAGCCAUCGCCUUCAUUCUCAGUAUCCUCGCCCUCAUCUUCUCCCAACGCAUCUUCCACGCUCUCGCUCCCGCGGCAAAACGCUGGCACGACUUAAAAGGAGGAUGGUUGAUCCUCUGGUUCAUGACGUUCUUCGUCUCCUUUCCCCCUAUGAUCGGCUACUCCACUUGCGUCACCAUCGCGGGUUUCGUGUUCGGAUUGAAAGGAUGGUUCAUCGUCGCGUCUGCUACGAUUAUCGGAUCUACGGCCUCCUUCCUCGCGAGCAGGACGUUACUCAAGAGCUAUGUGACCCGAUUAGCGGAAAAAGACACCCGCUUCGCGGCCCUGAGUUUAGUCCUCAAACACGAUGGGAUCGGAUUGCUCUGUAUGAUUCGACUUUGUCCGCUGCCGUAUAGCCUGUCGAAUGGAGCGAUAUCCACGAUCCCGAGUGUGACAUGGCAGAACUUCAUGCUCGCGACGGCGGUGGUGUCGCCGAAACUCCUACUGCACGUCUUCAUUGGAGGCAGACUAGGCGCCAUCGCGGAGGAAGGGGAUAAAAUGGACGCCCGAACCAAAGCCGUCAGUUACAUCAGCAUCGCGAUUGGGAUGGUGGUUGGAGUGGGAACAGGAUACAUCAUCUACGUGCGCACGAAAGCGAGGGCAAAGGUAUUGGAGGCGGAGGAGGCCGCU